AUGAGGGAGUGUCCUGAGAUCGUGCAAGGUAAUGGUAAUAGGGGCAAUAAGGCCCAACAUUCUUCAGUUGCUCCAGUAGACAGAGCUGCACCUCAAGGAGCUACUUCAAAACCGGAAGCGAGUUCAUCCUUUGUAACUCCUUAUAUUGCUAUGAAUUUUUAUGUUAUUCCUAAGCGACUUAGUGAACUGUUCAGUGUUUCUACACCUGCUGAUAGGGGUGCACAAUUUAUUGCACUGUUCUGGAAAUCUUGUAAGAAAGGUUUGGGUUCAAAGGUGAACUUGAGUAUUGUUUUUCAUUCUCAGACCGAUGGGCAAGCAGAGCGCACUAUUCAGAACUUGAGUAUUGUUUUUCGUUCUCAGACCGAUGGGCAAGCAGCUUGCGUGAUUUAUUUCAAGGGUAAUUGGGAUGAUAACCUACCUCGUAUUGAGUUUGCUAAUAAUAAUAGUUACCACUCUAGCAUCCAAAUGGCUCCUUAG